CAUUGGAGGAGACGCUUCAUGCUGAGCAGCAAAAUGGCCGCCCGUCAAACGACUGACUCCACAGCGCUUUGAAAUUUAAAUUCUUCUGCACAUUAGGGUUUACACUAUUACAACGUUAGUACUUAUUUACGAACCUGUAGCUUGUAACACGCGUGUAUUUUUCUCAUCGUCUGCCUGCCACUUACUUGACUGUGUCGUCGCUGUUUUUGUCGACGAAUGCCUCAAAAAGCUAGGAAGAAAAAAUCGUACUGAAGCACUUUAGCUAAGCUAACUAGCACGUUAGCUUCUCUUCAUAUGUGAUUCCAGAGGAGAAAGGAGUACCAGGACUGGAGCUGUAGUUCAUGGAAGACAAGAAAAGGAAAAAAGACGACAAAAGGAAAAGGGAAGCCUCUCAGAAGGUCACAGAACAAAAAAACAAAGUGCCAGACUUGACCAAGCCGGCGGUCGUCCAGUCUCCUGCCACUCAGAGCAGCUCUGCCUCCCCCAGCCCUGGACCCGCCCCCUCUGCCUCCCCAUCCCCAGCCAACCUUGGGCUGGCAGGGCCACCCGUCACAGGGCGGCAACAAUGCCAAGCGCUGCGGUGGCCAACGGACAGCCCACCUCCAACACCAUUUCUUCCUCCACCGCUGGCGGCCCCAGCGCUGCUGGAAACGGCAGCAGCGCGAGUAGCGGAGGCGGAGCUCCAGCGCCUCAACAGCAGCAGCAAGCGCGCUACAUGCCGAGAGAAGUGCCGCCACGAUUUCGCUGCCAGCAGGACCAUAAAGUGCUACUGAAGAGGGGGCAGCCGCCACUGUCCUCCAUGCUGCUCGGAGGAGGGGGAGGGGGAGGAGGAGUGGGGGACGGCCCCAAUGCAAACAUGGCUGCUGUCUCAG